UAGAGUGUGACUAUAUAAAGCUGUACCGACAGUUAAUCUGUCAGAGAGACCUUAAGAAAAUCAAGCAAAGAUGGUUUCAAAUUGUUCUAAAGUGAUUUUGUUUUUCUUUAUAUGUCUAACGGUCACUGAAGCUUGGUGGUGGAGAAGGCGGUCAAGGGUUGACUGAAGUGUGUCGCAAUGGAGUGCUUGGAGUUCAGCGAACAGUGCCGGACAGCAGACGAGGUUUAGGCGUGUUAUGCGUAAUCCUAGAAAUGGCGGAAAGGCUUGUCCCAACCUUACAGAGACAAGAGCGGAUUGUAGAGUUACUGCUUGGUCGGCAUGGAGCGCAAACUUUGGGUUUGGACAACAAUCGCGAGUAAGAACCGUCAUAACACAGCCUAUUGGAUCAGGAAAACAAUGCCCAAUCCUUGAGGAAAUCAGAUACACUGGUGUAUUUCCAAGCGUUAAUAUAACGGCAAAGAAUGUUCAAGACUUCUUCGCUCGGCCAAAUGGGCCAGCUUCCAUACCAAGCCAACCUAUAUCGCAGACUACAGAUUUGCCAAGGGAUUUGGUGAUCAUCAUGGACAGUUCUGGUAGUAUUGGUACAGCUGCAUUUCAAGUUGGAAAGGAGCAAACAAGCAAGCUUAUUGGUCUGCUGUGUCCAAACUCCCCAUUUGAUAUGAUUGCCGGGUCUCCUUAUCAAUAUAACCAAGCCGCCAUGGUGACAUACUCAACGAAUGUGGUCACAAACUUUAAUUUCAAUACUUACAGUACCACAGUCGGUAUUCAGCGUGCAAUUAUGCGUGCCGUGUAUGUAGGUGGAAGUACAAAUACCUAUAAAGCGUUUGAUCAAGCAAGGAGUCUAUUUCAGCCGAGCAAUGGUGUAAGAGUUGCAACACGUGCAAAACGCGAGGUACUAAUUCUGACUGACGGAAGGUCUACCAAUCAAGCGCAAACCCUAGCUGCAGUUGAAAGGCUUAAACCUGUGGCGGACAUAUACGGGCUAAUGAUAGGCAGCUACUCAUCGGCUGGGAUGAAUGAACUCACAAAAUAUGUGUCUUCACCGAUAAAUGAACAUUUGUUUUAUAUACAGAAUUACCAACAACUGAAGGAUUUAUUAAGGUUAAUUGAAACCGAGAAGCAACAUGCUGGUGCAAAUUGGUGUGCACCUUUUAUUGGGUAAAAUCCAAACAAUAUUUAAUACAUCAAAUCUAAGGUUCAUGAAAGUUUGGAACUCGUAUAAAUUGUUUAAAUAAUGUUUAGUGAACACUCAACAGUUUACAUCUUUAAUGAGUUAAGUAAAUUUAAUGAUAAUAUAAAGCAUAACAUGUCUAUGUCAAUGGUUGGCUUUGAUUGACCACU